AUGCUGGACCUCGACACCCCGUACUCCCGAGCCGCACUACUUAAUCCUAAUCAAUGCGUAAUCGAGCUCGAAGACCACUGGAGCAUCAACGCCAUCAUCACUGAACGCAACCAUCAAUUAGAUACAGUUUUGCACGAGAUCUCAGACCUGAAAACGAUUAUGAAUGGCAUCCAAAACCUUCACAGACAACUCGUUGAAAAGAAGAACAAGAUCAUUGAUUCCAUUAAUUCGCACAAGAGACUUAAAUUGGCUCUGUGGCGCUUGCCAACUGAAAUUCUAUCCUACAUUUUCGUUGACUGUCUCCCGGAAGACAGAUACUUGUCGCCCGCAUCAAGACAGGCUCCCAUACUGUUGACUAGAAUAUGCCGACGAUGGAGGGAAGUUGCUGUGGGCAUGCCCAGUUUAUGGUGCAGGCUGCGUUUAAAAGUGGAGCAUAAUGACUGGCAAAAACGAGCCUUUUGCUAUGAUGCGUGGCUCAAGCGAACCUCAGGCCAUCCGCUCUCGCUGGCACUCCGCUGCUACAAUAAUUGGACCCCACUAGUACGAAGCCUUCUCCAUCCUUACAUCCAUCAAAUCUUUUCUCUCAAUAUCGAUUUUCAACGAGUCGAGCAACCUGAAUGCGUAUUCAAAGAUUUCUCAGCACUUCGGGAGCUCAUCAUUCCAAAUCAUAUUACAUUCAAGCUACUAUGUUCCUUCGCUCCCUUAUGGGCCCACUUAACAAAAGUCGAGAUCUUGGUAGAUAAACCAGAUGCAUUCCUCCGUCUGCUCCGCCUAUGUCCCAACCUCUCCUCAUUAACGAAUUACGCGGAAUUCUUCCAAAAGAAGUCCUCGAGGCCAUUCACGCACCCCAAGCUUCAAUCUCUGCAUCUUUAUGGCGAUCCUUGGAGUUCCAGAGAACCAUUACUGGGCAUGUUCGAUGCUCUGUCACUCCCCAAUUUACGCGUACUUCAUGUUUGGAAUACAUCAAGCUGGCCUCAUGAAGAGUUCAAGACAUUUCUGACAAGGUCAGCAUGUCCCCUGGAGAGCCUGGUUUUCGGCAGUACAGUGAUUACGACUGUGAAGCAACGAGCGGAAUACGUCGCCCUUGUUCCUUUCCUCGAAGUAGUAGUUCGGAAUCCUAGUCGUACUCUUAUAUGUUACAAGUGA